UUAAUUCCUUUUUUAUACCAAAUUAUGAUGUUCAUAAGAAAACAUGUUUACUGAUUUUCGUUACAGUAUCUCAUGAACAAAGAUAUCUGUUGUUAGUUGAAUUGUGAUAGAAGUUGAGCGUUAAUUAUCAAGCGUACACUGUGGUUUUUAGUUUCUCUAUGCGUAAAUAUAUAUAAUAUAUAUCAAAAUAGUUUGUUUUUCUAAGAAGGCGAUGAAAGUGUUAGAAUUAAUAGGCGACAUACAAAUAUUAUAUACCUAAAAAUGCUGGUGUAUAUGUAGCAGGAACUUUUUUAGAUUAUAAAGUUGUGUACCGUGAAAGCUACUUUCUCACGCAUUCUUCUGAUUCCAAACAAUUUAUAUUAAAUUUUUUUGUUUUUGCAAUUUUUAUUUUCCAAAUGAGUGGUUUUGUGCAUACUGUUCGAAGAAAUCGAAAUUUUUUUAGUAAAUCUCGCGCGCAUGUACUUUUUGCUUUCGCUGAUUUAUGGGCCUUGUGACGACAUAUGAGGGUGGUCCGUACGCUCACUGCUCCUUAGCGUCACUCUUUUCAUAGUGAAACUAUGAAGAAGUGUCUUCUCGUAGGCGACUACUGUCAAAAUUUUAACCCAAUCGGGUACAUAUGUAGUUACAUUUUGACAACGUGUAGGGCGGAUUUGUAAGAAAACGUAGUGAAUGAAAAAGGUUUUAAUCUUUGAUGGUGACCAUCAAAAAUUGGUUAAAGAGCUUCACUGUAAUCACGCGUCGGUUUUUAUUAAGCCACGCCCAGUUGCAAGAUAGCUCAAACAGCAUGACCUAGUGGACCAUAUCGUCUUGGACUUUGUACUUCUUGACUUAAGUAGAUUAAGACUUGUGUGCUUAUAUGAAGGCCAUAGUAGUCCUAAUCACUGAUAACGUCGGACGGCGUGGUUUUCUAUGGAAAUUGUUAAAUUCAAAUUAAAGUUUGGUUCUUAGAAAUAUAAGUUCGAAACUGAUAAGAAAAACAUUUUUAUAAGAAAGCUACAGUGAUCUUAAAUUUGCUCCUCAGUUUAACGCAAACAGUCGACGGAUCGUUAGCUCUUAAUUUUUGGUGCUAAUUGCUCAGCAUUGGUGGUUUGUUGCAAAAUGAAUCGCAAUUUAACGGUAAUCGCCAUUUAUAUACUUUCACUCUCGAUUUUCAUUAAGCAAGCACAACCAGCGAAAAGCAUUGAUAAUGUUGGCGGUGGAAAAUUUUGUGGUGUAAAUAAGGAGUGUGUUGAACGUUUUCUUUGCGAUGCAAAAGGGGCGGUGGUAAGAAGUGGUGAAAACAUCAUCGAUAUACGAAUAAGUAGAGAAGGUCCAUGUGGCUAUUUGGAAGUAUGCUGUAGCACAGAAUAUAAGUUAACGGAACCGAACAUACUCAUCCAACCAGCCGAGAGACACGAAGGUUGUGGUUAUCGCAAUCCAACUGGUGUAGGUUUCAGAAUUACUGGCGGCAAUGAAGGCGAGUCAGAGUUUGGUGAAUUCCCUUGGAUGGUCGCCAUUCUGCAUGAUGGAGUAAUUGGUGGCAAGACCUUAAACGGUUACGUAUGUGGUGGUUCUGUAAUUGCACCAAAUGUUGUCCUGACUGCUGCACAUUGUGUACUAAACCUUGACCCACACGUAUUGGUUGCACGCGCCGGUGAGUGGGACUCACAAACCAAACAGGAGGUGUUGCCACAUCAAGAUGCACGUGUCAAGGAGAUCAUUCGUCAUGAGUACUACAACAGAGGCACACUCUCCAACGAUGUAGCGCUGCUCAUUUUGGAAACACCUUUCACGUGGGAGGAAAAUGUACGUCCCAUCUGUUUGCCCAGAUCGAACAUCAAUUUCGACUAUUCACGUUGCUAUGCCUCCGGCUGGGGCAAAGAUAAGUUUGGCAAAGGUGGAGUUAAUUCGGUGAUUUUGAAAAAGAUUGAUCUACCCAUGGUGCCACAUGAUACUUGCAAAGCAAAUCUACGAAAAACACGUUUGGGACGAUUUUUCCAUUUGGAUCAGAGUUUAAUUUGUGCCGGUGGCGAGGAAGGCAAGAGCACGUGUAAAGGUGAUGGCGGCUCACCAUUAGUAUGUCCCAACCCAAAUAAUCCGAAACGUUACUAUCAAGCUGGAAUUGUAGCGGGUGGCGUGAGUUGUGGUGAAGAAAACGUUCCGGGAGUCUAUGCCAAUGUGCCAUACCUGCGCAAUUGGAUCAACGAAAAGCUUUAUGCACGAGGCAUUGAUUUUACGCACUUUACGUAACAUGUUCAAUAUUAUCCAUUACGUUUGAAUAAGUUCAAGAAGACUAUACGCUCACUUAAUUUAGAUAAGAUAUUUCAUAUAUUUCAACAAUUUUUGGUUCAGAGACACACCAACAGAAGAAACUCCCUCUGAAUUAAAUUAAAAUAUCUGAGAGAUUUACCGAUAUUUUCGUCACUGAAUUCUCCAUAUUUUAUAUCCAGGGUCUUGGAAAGUUAUCGACAAUUUUUUUCAUAAUAUCCAUUAGAGUGUGUCACCAUUUUGCGGUUGGAUUUUGCUCUGCAACCGUGUAAGAUUGUGUUGGCAAAGAACUGAAGCCGACAAAUCAUUUGAAGCGCCAUAGCUUUUCCGAUUGGACGCAGCUGGCGUACGCGGAUAUGGCCUUAAUAACAGCGCAGUUAGUUCUGCUUUCUCCAGGCUUAACAAAGAUGUGAACCCCAUUUGCGGUUGUUGUUGAAUCUGGACAAUACGAAUCCUCUUCUGUCGUCAGAAAAGCAGUCAAUGAUUUGGUGGUAAAUUUCAUAUUUAUAUACAGAAUUCGGCGAUUAACAAUGAGUCUUCAUUAUACAUCUCAGCCGAGUAAUCUAUGUUUAGACAUUGGUCUGUUUGCCUAAUUCGAUGCAAUAUGUCAUUUUCCAUCAAACAGUUUUUGUAUUUUUCCCACAAAGUCGAUGAUUGCGAUGGAUCGUCACAUCGUCAAAAUACUUACAAACAGUUGACUAAAGUUAUUCGACAUUGAUGUCAACGCAGCUUCAACAAGAGUUAAGUCCCAAUGGUUAUAUUCUUUGAACAAUUGCAAUUCCCGACAUGCAUCUUGGUAUAUAUUGAAUAAUCGGUUAUUAACUGUUUGAAAAAAUUCAAAAGAUGUUGGUCCAGGAAUAUUCAUUAAUAACAAACGUAAUAUAAAAGCUUUCUCAUUGUUUUGGAUGUGCCAGCUUUGAAUAUGCCUGUUAAAGGAAGUGGUUUUCUUUAUUUCCGUGGCUCCCAUUUUUUAUUCGAUUUAUGCCAUGCAAAAUAUGGCUUUACAUUCGUUAGUGUUGUAUUUGGAGCAUCAAGCACUCUUUGCAGAACAUUUUCAUCUGUAAUGGAGUUUUUUCAUAUAUACUUAUAUAUGUAUAUGAGUUUUCAUAUGGGUAUGGAGUAGAGCUCUUGAUAUUCGACUAAUCGACUAACCGAUUUAGCCGGAUAGGGUAUUAUUCGAAUAAUAAUAUUCGGUUUGCAGUAUCCGGUCGUAAGUUAUCGACUAUUCGAUUAACCGCUCAUUUCCGAAUAUCCGGUUAAUCGUUCGUUGUCCACUAUUCGAGCAAGGGCAAGUUCAUUAGAUUUAAAUUUUUAUUGUAAAAAGUGAAACUCACGAAAAAUGCGCACAAUUGACAUUUUCAGAAAUAAAAACAAGCAAAAAUCAAAGGCCGCUUAGAUUUCAAUAGUCGCAAAUGUUACGAAUAUUCGAAUUGUAUUAAUCGAUUGAUAUUCAUAUGAACGGUUACAAACCGGAUAUUCGAAUAAUUUUAAGAGCCCUAGUAUGGAGUUAUAUAUGCCAAAGUGAUCAGGGUGGCAAAAAUAGUUGAAAUCGCUCAAGGAAUUACCCCAGCCCCUAUAUAAUAUAUAUAUUGAUUUUCGAUAUUUUAAUGAACUUUAAGCUGAAUAUGCGGGCCAAAUUGUGUGUUAUCUCAAUAAAAUUAAAAAAAUAAAUUGCGGGAGUACUAGAAAAGUUAUUUCGUUUUAUUUUUUACCUUUAGGUUUAUAGAUUUGUACAAAACGUCAUUCGCUAAAAUCGAAUUAUUUUUUAUUUGAACCAACCAGUAUUAAAAUAAUUCGCGUAUCAUGCAAGAAACCAUGGUACUUCAUAAGCCGAUGUAUGUAUGUAUGUAUACGAAUGACAUCGUUCUCUUACUCUUGAUAACGUCGAGUUCUUUUCUCUGGAAAUUGUUAAAUUCAAACUAAAGAUUGGUUCUUAGAAAUAUAACUUCGUAACUGAUAAGAAAAAAAUGUUUAUAAUAAAGCCACAGGGAUCUUAAAUUUGCUCCUCAGUUUAACGCAAACAGUCGUCGGAUCGUUAGCUCUUAAUUUUUGGUGCUAAUUGCUCAGCAUUGGUAGUUUGCUGCAAAAUGAAUCGCAAUUUAACGGUUUUCGCUAUUUAUCUACUUUCACUCUCGAUUUUCAUUAAGAAAACGCAAUCGGAACAGAACAUAAUCAUCCAACCAGCCGAGAGACACGAAGGUUGUGGUUAU